UGAGAGAGAGAGAGGUGUCACUGAGGGAAGGGGGACAGACUGGGGCCUGAGAGUGAGGUGACAGUGAGCGAAGGGGGUGACAGGCUGAGGACAGAGAGAGAGGGGGUGGCAGUAGCAGUCAGUUGGCAUCAGGGAUAUACUUGUGAGUUACACAUUGGUAUGUGGGGUUUCAGUAUCUGUGUAGUUGUUAAAUGGCCUCUCCCUGGCACAUGACGGCAGGUGUAGGACACAGCAUAUACGCAGCGUAUCCUGAGAGUAUAUGGGUUUGAUUAGAACUCCCAGGUCACUAUAAACUGUGUGUCCUGCCUUUCAGGAUGGUAUUUGUUUGUGUGAUGUGGAACUCAGCUCACUGUGCAGUAAACAAGUGGCAUUUGUUCCUUAGUGACAUUAUUAAGUAGCUGGGUCCGGCAGCAUAAAAACUGUGCAAUAUUAUAGCAUUUUUGGUUAUUGAUAAAUGUUUAGCAGUUUCCAGUAGACAAGUAGCGGUGUAUUGUUUUUAAAGAGACGGUAAAGCGCUUGAGAUCGUCACGCACAAUAUGUGAUUAUACUUUGUACAACUACUUUAUACCGGCACUUUCUUUAUUUACCCCCAUUUCCUGUAAGUCUAACAAUUGUGGUUUUUCUAGUUUUAAAACUCAAAGUGCACUUGGCAGAUUCACAAGCCUAACCCUCACAUACCCGUCCCUAAUGGCUUCAGCACAGAAACACGGCGACAGGUGCUCGCUGCGUCUUCUGUUAAUUGAUUGUAAGAACAAGCUUGUAAUUAUCAUUAUUGCAGUCCUUUUAAGGGCUGAAGUGACCAGGUAUUGGUGUUAUUCCAACCUCCAAAACAACCUCAGGAGGCUCGUCCACUACUUCAAUAGUCACCAAACGCAGUCCCAGAUGAUAUCAUGAGAAGUAGCCACCUCUACCACGUGGGUGAAUUGCAACAAGCCCUGGAGCCUUGGUCCAUCCUCCUCUCAUGUGUCCUAACUGCUCUCUGACCUAUAACAGCAGCACCGUGAGGCAGCAAUGAGCUGGCUUAGUAAACUGAACCCUCGAGGGUCUAGCAGCAAGACCGGGCGCAAUGCAAACCUCCAACCUCUUGUCACUGCUGACCCAGAGACCUGUCUUAUGGUUUUCAAGAAUCACUGGUCUCAGGUGCUGCAGAUUCUGGAACGUCAUGGGCCCUGUGCUGAACCACCAACUGCUGAUGACCUAAGCUGUGUGCGCAACAACACAUACCAAAUGCUGAGCCUGCUGGCAGAGGAGCGGCCACAUGACAGCGAUGGCCCAGGUCCCAUCUUGGGGUACAUGGCAUCUGAGGGCAUACUGGAGAGGUUGCUUAAAUGGCAUCUGCAAAGGGAUUUCAACGAGGACAAAAAGCUGUGCAUGGUAUCGCUCACAUUAUUUCGCACUCUGCUCAACCUCAACUGUGAAGACGUCCUCCUGCAGCUGGUGCUCAGGUAUUUGAUUCCCUGUAACCAUGUUAUGCUUAGCCAGCGGAGAGCUGUCAGAGACCUUGACUUAUACUCAAAGACGGCAGAUAAAUUCCUGUCCCUCAUCCCACACUGCUGCCGGAAGGAGAGCUUGGUCUCUGAACGAGAGGAGGAACAUGCUACAUGGUCUAAAGCACAUGGGAGUCCGAGUAUCGACACCUCAUCUGUCACUACGGUGCCCAAGCCUUCUACACCUUCUCGCAUGAGUUUUUUCAUGCGCCAGUCCAGCACAGCACCUGAUAGUCCAUCAGCUCGCUCCCAAAGCUUCUCAUCACCAGAACCCACCACCGUCAGUCCUCGGCAUGGCCCACUGUGCUGGGAUGAAGUGUCUGAGCUUGAUGACAACUACCUAGAGUACCUGCAGGAGGCCCGUGCAGGGAUUGAUCGAUGUGCUAGGGCUUGUCAUGUCUGGUCUGCUCCUUAUGAUGGUGAAGAACCCAGCCCCCGUAGUUUGUCCCCUUCUACCCCUGAGGAGGUCUUCAUAGCUCCUGACUAUUUCUCACAAACGUCACACAUUGUGCGAAACCAAGAUCACAAAGAGAGGGAGGUGAGACGGAAUAGCAUAACGCCUAGGACUAAAAAGCGAAGUUUGCAGGAGGAAGGGCAGGAGUGUCGGUCUAUUGUUGGGCAGGGUGGGAAGGGUGAUGUUGGGCAUGCAGACCUACAAGGGGAUAGAGUGAGUGGCCCAGUCAUGUUUAAUGGAACAUUAAUAGAUGAAGCUGGUUACUCUCGGGGCUUGCAACGAAAACUGACACAGGGGGGAUGCUCUGAGGAUAUAGAGGUCAAAAAGGUGAAAAGGGACCCAAUAGAGCUUAGAGAGACGCAGAGGAUUGCGGAAGGGGAGUCACUGCUGGGUCCAGAGAAUGGUUCUGAAGAGAAGUCUUCUGUGUGUGGACAGCAACAUUGGGCUUCUCGGUGGGACAAUCCAGAGUCUGUGGACUCCUUAAUAGACGAGCUUUUGGACCGAGCACCAGCAGAUGCUAACGGGAUUCACGUGAGCAUUGAGAAACUUGGAGAGGAACUGCGGGAGAUGGAGGACAGCAUGAGAGAGGCAGCAGAGUGCGAGGAAGUGCAGACUGAGAGCCACAAAGCAAGUCCAGCCGAUGAGGAGGAAGGUCAAGAUCUUGUGACUAGAGAGGAGGAUGACAGCAGGUGCCGAGCCAAUUCAAUUACACUAAUACUCAGCAGUCCCGUGAGGGCACAGAAUGGCAGCCAGCCCUUUACUGGUCCCUUCAUCGCUGUCCUCUUUACCAAACUGGAGAACAUGUUGCAGAACUCUCUGUAUGUGAACUUCUUGCUGACGGGGAUUAUUGCUCAGCUCGCCUGUCACCCUCAGCCUCUGCUCCGGUCCUUCCUCCUCAAUACGAACAUGGUGUUCCAGCCCAGCGUCAAGUCCCUUGUGCAGGUGCUGGGAACUGUGAAAAACAAGAUUGAAGCUUUUGCUGCAUCCCAGGAGGAUUUUCCUACCCUUCUCUUCAAGGCCAAGAAGUUUCUGAUAGCACGAGGAAAGCUGGACUGGUGUGACAGCCAAAGCUCAGUGCCUGCCCUGCGCCGUUCAGACACCCUGGUAAAGAGCCGCAAACCGUCCAUUGGAGAGUUAAUCCUGCGUCACACAAAUAGCCCCACACGGGCCCGCCAGGCGGCUCAGAUGGCGUUUCAGCAUGUACGAGAUGGGCAGGUCCUCCACGCUCUGUCUGGGGCAUCUAUCUUUAAAAGCUCUGCAGAGAAGCAGAACGAGGCCCUGCGGGUAAAGAACGCGGUUUACUGCGCAGUCAUAUUCACAGAGUUUAUGAAGGAGCUAGCAGCCAUUGCACAAGAACAUGCAGUCACCUCACCAUAUCUGCUGGCAGACACAGAAGAGUGACAUUGACUUCCCUAAGCUUGCAAUGGAUACAGGAGAAGGAUCUACUGAGGUUGAGAGAUGUUUUAUCUUUUUUUCUGGUGGUCCUUUGUAUCGUCUUAAGGGCUGAUACAUCUGAAGUUUACGUCCUCUGCACUAUCUGGUGUAACAGCUCUCAUGUCAGAACAAAGAAAAGUACUUUAUCAGAACACAGGGUGUAACUGGAACUAGAGAAUAACUAUAAUAACAGAGACCCCCUCUUCAUUUUAGUAUGAAUUUUACGGCAUGAUGUACAUAAUUUUAUCUGAACCUUUUCCAAAACACAUUAAUGUUGAGACUUCAUAGACGGUCCAAGCAGAAGGUGACAUCUGUACAAACAACUCUUUGUCAUCUUAUCUAUGGCGUCCACUCGAGGAAGAGGAGGCUCCAACAUCAACUGAACUUUGGACCUCUUACAAUCUGCACACUUAAUUUAUUACUGCCAAUCCCUGCCAGAGCUCAGAAACACCUUUUAAUAUCUGAGUUUACACACUACGAUGUCAGUCGUUCAACUUUUUAUAACAAUCAAGAGCAAGGCAGGGAGGGAAUCGGUUGAUUUUAACUUUACUUGAAUCAAAUUGUUUUUUUUUCUUCUCUAGAGAUGUCCUUAAGUAUAUGUACAUGUAUCUGUGUGUUAUCUGUGUGUGUGUGAGUUUAUAUAUGUAUAUACACACGCAAACACGUGUAUACUCUUAAUAGUCACAUGGGGUAGCUCAGUAACAAUAGCUUCAUGUGAGGAUGAUAUAGAUGAAGAAGAUGCUGCGUGUCAAUUAUAUCUUGUUGUUUUACUGUACAUUACAGUUAUGGUGUAGAAGGGCGGUCAGUGAUCUCGCUAUAGUAAGCUUUGUGCCCUCCAUUACCAGGAGUAUCGGUAUAUUUCUGUAUGAAAUUAAGUCAGUGGUACGAGGGGCUUGUUUUGCAAUGUGUUCUCAGUGGAAAUAAUCUGUUGAACAUUUUAUUGCUGGAGGCUGAACCUUGUGCUGUCGGUUUAGAGGGUGAGGAAGUUAUAGAGCCAGUGACACAACAGUCACAUGAUGCCUUUGUUAGCUGGACAUUCGUAAUAGGUUUGAUGCCUACAAUCACUGUCACCAUAGACCAACAGAAACAGUAGGAGAUUGUGAGCAUGUCCCUUAAUGGGUGUAGUGACAGUGGUUGCAAUUAAGAGGAUCUUUGCCUUUAACAAGAUGACAGACACAACGGUACCCCAGAGUAUUUAGCAUAUUUUCUUCAUGCAUGAGCAUUAUGUGUACACUGUGAGGAGACUACACUGAAUAAGAUAUGGGAUUUUUUUAAUGUGCCAAAAAGUCUGAGGUCUUUCAUUUCAUUUAGUAGAUAAAAAAAUGUGCUUAGAUGACUUUUUAUAAAAUAUGCACCUGUAAUUAUUUCAGUUUGUCAAGCUGUGAGCGGAAUAGCCAGGGGCUUUACUGUUCUGCGCAGGUUAUCGUGGACGCCCACCAUAUAGGCGGCACUGGAUUGUUCCUGCUCUAAAACCCUACUGCACAGUUCCGCGGGUAAUGCUAAACGUGCAGCGAGUGUGUUUAUGGGAUUUAAAUAGUGCAGCUGUACACUCAUAAGCAUUUUAGCUCCAUAAUCUAUAUAAUCCCGCAGAGUAAUAUACAUUUAAUCGUUUUGCCUAUAAAUUUGGAUCAGAUUAAAUCCGUUAAAGUUUAUCAAGGUCCCUGGAUUUUAUUGUUUUGUGAUCAUAAAUUGCAAUCAUACUUUGUAAACAAAAACUACCUUUGGUAAACGUGUGAAUUUAUGUAAUACAGGGAGGAUUUGCAGAAUCCGCGAUCAGCUGACCUUGAAUGUAUAUUUAUGCAUUUUUCGAGCUCAGUGCGUCAAUGUCAUUUUUUCAAUGUCCCAAAAACAGGUGCUCACCAAAAUCCCUUUGCAUGGUGCAAAACAUGUAUAUAUGACAAGUUUAGUUAUUGAUACACCAUAACAUUAUGCAGUAGAUAUGACCCUUCAGUGCCUGUAGGUUUAGUAGUAAUGUCCUUCCUUACACCCCGUUGGCCGCUAAGGAUGUAGAAGAAGUUACGUUCACUAUUUGAUCGCUAACUUUUCUCUUUUAAAGGGACAUUAAACACACCUUGUGAAAAAAAUGUGCUUUCUCCAUACUCGCUAGAAAGGCCAAAAAUUGCAUUCUGUAACCUAGGGUUCCUUCAAAAUGCUGCAAUUCAAUUAGCUGGUUUAGACAAUUUGCAGCAGUUUGCUUUUUGGCCUCUCUACGAAGCAUCAGACAAACACAAUUUUCUGUACAAAUGCACGAGGUGCUUAUGGGUACCUUUUUAAAUGAUAUUGAUCGGUUUAGUUCUUACAAGAAAUAGCCCUUGUAGUCGAGGCUGUCAUUUUUAUUUCUAUUUGAAUGGACAGUAAAGUGUUGUUGAUCCUACUGAAUGUUAUAUAAUCUCCUCCUCCCCCAUUAUUUUGCACAUAACUUGCUGGGUUUAUUGAUAAAGCUUCUCUUAUUUUUAUGUUGCCAUUACGUAGCGAGUGAGUCUCGCAGCCAAUCAGCUUGUUAUAUUUUGUUGCGCAAAUCUUUUUUUUCAAUCCCACCUUCUAAUUUGCACGUUACUUGAUAUAUUGUUUUUAUUGUGAUUUGUUAAAAAGGGAAUUUAUUUUUAUUGUAUAUUUCUUCUAAUUGUUUUUAAUGCAAUCAUGUGUCAUUUUAUUUUUAUUCUGUAAAAUUAUUUUGCGCCCCCCCCCCUUUUUUUUUUUAAAUGGCUGGGAACCAAGUUUUGUGAUUUUUAUAUUUUUCUUAUAAAUCGGACAAUGCUCUUCUUACCCCACCUUUGUGAAUGACAAUUAUCCCAACAAUCUUGGUUUCCAGCAGUGCCCUAUCACAUGCAUGCCUAUUGGAAGCUGUUCCAUAGUCUUCAUUACAUUGAUGAUCACUGGCAUUGGGGCAAUGAUGUAUCUUAUUUGUGGGCUUUGGUGAGUGAUAAAGCCAUGAGUGUUUGCUGCUUUACUAUUGAGACUGAGCCGUCUCGGUGGUGCAGCUUGUAUACUAACUAGCAAGUGUGUAGGAGCUGCUUUUCCCAACUGGCUCAGCAUCAGACCUCCAAAUCAUUGGGAGACAUGUUGGGAAGAUGCUGAAAAUAAACACGUCAAUGAAA